ACCGAAGCUGACAGCUCAGGCUGCAUCUCUGCACGGCAGAAAUCUGCCGCCGACCAAGAGAAGUUUGUAAGAAAAGGAAAAGGAAGAGAAAAAAUAGACACUACAGUGGAAAAGGAGGAGAUAACCUGGCACAGCUUCAAAUGACUUCUUUGGAAGAAUGAUAGAAGUAGCUGUGGGCUCCCUGCCAUCCAACAUGUCUUUAGAGGAGAGUGCUGUAAGAGACAUGGCUGAGAGUGAGACGGAUUGCUCUGAGGGACUGGAUGAGGUUGUCUUGGGGCGCAUUGCCAACCUACCUCUGGACCCAUUCCCACCCAGGGACUUCAGAGGGAAGUUUAAAAAGAUGCGCCAUAAGAAGAGGCCCACCAUUCUUGAAACUUCGCCCGUGGGGAACGGAUACAUUAAACCCCCCAUCCCUCCAGUCUGCUGUCCUCAGGGAGAGAAGGGUCCCCCAGCCAUGAUGCCCAUCAGCAUUGACCCGGAGAGCAAGCCGGGCGAGUACGUCCUCAAGAGCCUUUUCGCCAACUUCACCACCAUGUCGGAGCGCAAGAUCCGCAUCAUCAUGGCUGAGCCACUGGAAAAGCCAUUAACUAAGUCACUGCAGAGGGGAGAAGAUCCUCAGUUUGACCAGCUGAUAAGCACCAUGAGCUCUUUGGCUGAGUACUGUCUACCCUCCAUCCUGCGCACGUUGUUUGACUGGUACAAAAGACAAAAUGGACUAGAGGAGGAGUUGCACGAGUACCGGCCCAGAGCCAACACCAAGUCCAAAAACGAUGAGCAGCAGAGAGAUUAUCUACUUGAACGGAGGGAUUUGGCCAUCGACUUCAUCUUCUCUCUUGUGCUCAUAGAAGUUUUGAAACAGAUGCCGCUCCACCCAGUCCUCGACAGUUUGGUCAAUGAAGUCAUUAACUUAGCAUUUAAGCACUUUAGAUACAAAGAAGGGUAUCAUGGUCCCAACACUGGCAACAUGCACACUGUAGCAGACCUCUAUGCUGAAAUCAUAGGAGUAUUAGCCCAGUCCAAGUUUCCUGCUGUGAAGAAGAAGUUCAUGACUGAGCUAAAGGAGUUGCGACAGAAAGAGCAAAGUCCAUAUGUCGUGCAGAGUACUAUUAGCCUCAUCAUGGGGGUCAAGUUCUUCCGAGUUAAGAUGUAUCCUGUCGAGGAUUUUGAAGCCUCUUUUCAGUUCAUGCAGGAGUGUGCCCAGUAUUUCCUGGAAGUCAAGGACAAGGACAUUAAGCACGCCUUGGCUGGUCUUUUUGUUGAAAUUUUGGUUCCUGUGGCAGCAGCCGUGAAGAACGAGGUGAAUGUACCAUGCCUGAGGAACUUUGUGGACAGCUUGUACGACACAACCCUGGACCUGUCCUCCAGAAAGAAGCACUCACUGGCCUUUUACCCCUUGGUGACGUGCCUGCUGUGUGUCAGCCAGAAACAGUUCUUCCUCAACAGAUGGCAUGUCUUCCUCAACAACUGCCUUUCAAAUCUGAAGAGCAGAGACCCUAAAAUGGCUCGUGUUGCAUUAGAGUCCCUCUAUCGGCUGCUGUGGGUCUACAUGAUCAGGAUCAAGUGUGAGAGCAACACUGCAACACAGGGUCGCCUCAACACCAUAAUCACAACACUUUUCCCCAAAGGAUCUCGCAGUGUGGUACCAAGAGACAUGCCUCUCAAUAUCUUUGUCAAAAUCAUCCAGUUUAUUGCACAGGAAAGGCUUGAUUUUGCCAUGAAAGAGAUUAUCUUUGACCUUCUUUGUGUUGGGAAACCUGCAAAAGCCUUUAGUCUUAAUCCAGAGAGAAUGAAUAUUGGUCUGAGAGCAUUCCUGGUCAUAGCUGAUAAACUGCAGCAGAAGGACGGCGAGCCCCCCAUGCCUAACACUGGUUGCACUUUACCCUCUGGAAAUACACUCCGAGUGAAGAAAACAUACUUGAGCAAAACGCUGACAGAUGAGGAGGCCAAAGUCAUUGGCAUGUCACAGUAUUACUUCCAUGUGCGGAAGGCUAUUGACAACAUCCUCAGACACCUUGACAAGGAGGUGGGCCGGUGCAUGAUGAUGACUAAUGCUCAGAUGUUGAACAAAGAGCCUGAGGACAUGAUCACAGGUGAAAGGAAGCCCAAGAUUGACUUGUUCAGGACGUGUGUCGCUGCCAUUCCUCGCAUCCUGCCUGAUGGGAUGUCCAAGCCUGAGCUCAUAGACCUGCUCUCUCGGUUGACAAUCCACAUGGACGACGAGCUGCGACUGAUAGCCCAGAAUUCCCUGCAAAGUCUGCUGGUUGAUUUCUCUGACUGGCGUGACGACGUUCUGUUUGGAUUCACUAACUUCCUGUUACGUGAGGUCCAAGACACUCACCAGGGACUGUUAGACACGUCCCUGAAAUUACUGCUGCAGCUGCUCACACAGUGGAAAAUAACCCUAGCUGCCCCAGGGAAGAGCUAUGACACAGCUAAAGUACACACUGCGGAGCUGUUGCAGACCAGCUCAAGUCUUAAGAUACCUGCAGAGCGCGGCCCUCACUCCACUGUCCUGCACGCCGUGGAGGGACUGGUGCUCGUCCUGCUCUGCUCCUGUCAACUGAGCACCCGCAGACUUGCCAUUGCCAUACUGAAAGAAAUAAGAAGUCUGUUUAUGACCAUCGGGCAGUCAGAGGAUGAUGAUAAACCAAUGAUAGAGAUCAUGGACCAGCUCAGCCCUGUGAUCCUGGAGAGUUUCGUCAACGUUGCAGUCUCUGACGCAGCCGUUCUGCCAGCUGGUCACCACAUGGACCUUCAGUGGCUCGUGGAGUGGAACGCACUGCUUGUAAACAGUCAUUAUGACAUCAGGAGCCCCUCGCAUGUGUGGAUCUUUGCCCAGUCUGUGAAGGACCCCUGGGUUCUGUGUGUAUACAGCCUGCUCCGACAGGACAACCUGCCCAAGUACUGCCCCACAGCUCUCAGCUACGCCUGGCCCUACGCCUUCACUCGAAUGCAGAUGCUCAUGCCCCUGGUAGACCCAAACAACCCAGUGUAUGCGAAGAAGACCAGCACGUCUGGCAGCGGGGACAAUUACGUAACCCUGUGGAGAAACUAUCUGAUCCUUUGCUUUGGGGUGGCCAAGCCCAGUAUCAUGAGCCCCGGCCAUCUGAGAGCAUCGACACCUGAGAUCACAGCCGCCACACCCGACAGUGGUGUCAGCUACGAUAACAAGGUUAUCGGGAGCCCAUCUGUGGCUUGGCUUCUGAAGCAGUUGGUGCCACUGAUGAGGGCAGAGAGCAUUGAGCUGACAGAGUCGUUAGUUUUGGGCUUUGGUCGCACCAAUUCCCUUGUAUUCAGGGAACUUGUGGAAGAGCUACAUCCCCUAAUGAAAGAAGCGUUAGAAAGAAGACCAGAGAACAAGAAGCGUCGUGAGCGACGAGACCUGCUGAGACUGCAGCUGCUGCGGAUCUUUGAGCUGCUGGCUGAUGCAGGUGUCAUCAGUGACAGUACAAAUGGAGCUCUGGAACGUGACACCCUUGCUCUGGGCGCUCUGUUCCUGGAGUAUGUGGAUCUAACCCGGAUGCUCCUGGAAGCUGAGAAUGACAAAGAUGCAGAGAUCCUCAAGGACAUUCGAGCUCACUUCAGCGCCAUGGUGGCCAACCUCAUCCAAUGUGUUCCAGUGCACCACAGGCGCUUCCUGUUUCCCCAGCAGAGCCUGCGGCAUCACCUCUUCAUCCUCUUCAGUCAGUGGGCCGGUCCUUUCAGCAUCAUGUUCACCCCUCUGGACCGCUACAGUGACAGGAAUCACCAGAUCACAAGAUAUCAAUAUUGUGCCCUAAAGGCCAUGUCUGCUGUGCUGUGCUGCGGGCCUGUGUUUGAUAACGUUGGCCUCUCUCCAGACGGAUACCUCUAUAAGUGGCUGGAUAAUAUACUCGCCUGCCAGGAUCAGCGGGUCCACCAGCUUGGCUGUGAAGUUGUCAUCCUGCUCCUGGAGCUCAAUGCCGACCAGGUCAACCUGUUCAACUGGGCAGUGGAUCGCUGCUACACAGGCUCCUAUCAGCUCGCCUCAGGGUGCUUCAGAGCCAUCGCAACAGUCUGUGGCAGCAGCAGAAACUACCCAAGUGACAUCGUAACACUGCUGAAUCUGGUCCUCUUCAAAGCAUCAGACACAAACAGAGAAAUCUAUGAGAUUUCAAUGCAGCUAAUGCAGAUUCUUGAAGCCAAGUUGUUUGUGUACUCCAAGAAGAUUGCAGAGCAGAAGCCAAACAGCAUCCUCUAUGGCACCCAUGGUCCACUGCCACCUCUCUACAGCGUCUCCCUGCCUCAGCUCUCCAGCCAGCUGGCCAGGAUGUACCCUGAACUCACACUUCCUCUCUUCUCAGAGGUUAGCCAGAGAUUCCCCACCACUCAUCCCAAUGGGAGGCAGAUCAUGCUAACCUACCUCCUGCCCUGGCUCGGUAACAUCGAGCUGGUGGAUAGCGGCCUGCUGCUCCCGGUCUUCACACCAUGCACCUCAGACUAUGAUACUUCUAUCCGGACGACCAGCACGGGUUCAUCCCAUCAACUGAAGGGCACUGGCUGGGGAUCCUUACAGGCUACCUCUAUGGUUCUCAAUAAUCUCAUGUUCAUGACUGCCAAGUAUGGAGAUGACCUGCCUGGACAGGAGAUGGAAAACGCCUGGAAUGCUUUAGUCAGUAAUGAGAAGUGGAGCAACAAUCUGAGAACGGCACUGCAGUUUCUCAUCAGCUUAUGUGGUGUCAGCAGCGACACCACCCUCCUGCCAUAUAUCAAGAAGGUGGUGAUCUAUCUGUGCCGGAACAACACCAUGCAAACCAUGGAGGAGUUGAUAUUUGAGUUACAACAAACAGACCCGGUCAACCCUGUGGUGCAGCACUGUGAUAGCCCCCCUUUCUAUCGCUUCACUGCCACGAGCAAGGCCUCCACAGCAGCUUCAGGCACCACAUCGAGCAGCAAUACUGUUGUUGCAGGCCAGGAGAGCUUUCCUGACACAGAUGAUACCAAGACUGUGAAGGAAAAUGAGGAGAGGCUAAGCCACAUAAUGAGAGCGCACAACCGCCUGGAGUCACGCUACAGCAACAGCUCCGGAGGAUCUUAUGAUGAAGAUAAGAGUGAACCACUGCCUCCCUAUGCUGACUGGCUGAUGGUUGUCAUUGAGACCAAUCACCCCCAUCCUCUGCCCAUGCCUCUGAAUGGAGGAUGUUGGGCUCCGCUGGUGGACUUUUUGCCAGAGACCAUCACUCCCAGAGGACCACUGCACAGGUGUAACAUAGCAGUGAUCUUCAUGACAGAGAUGGUGGUGGACCACAGUGUGAGAGAGGACUGGGCCAUGCACUUGCCUUUACUGCUGCAUGCCUUGUUUUUGGGUAUGGAUCACUACCGUCCAGAGGUGUUUGAGCACAGCAAACGUCUCCUCCUCCACCUCCUCAUCACGUUGUCCUGCAACAACAACUUCCAGGCCAUUGCCUCAGUCUUACUGCAGACACGUGAGAUCAACGGCACCAAGACCCUCACCUGCAAGCAAAGUCUUCAGCCGGAGUAUUUACCUUCAGGAGGAUGUUUUGACUUCCUGCGGGAGUGUCAGGCGUCUCCUGUGCCAGACUCUGGCCUGAGUUCUUCUUCCACAUCGUCCAGUUUGAGUCUGGGAGGCAGCAGCAACAACCUGCCGGAGAUCUCACAUGAGGUGGAGGAGCUGGUGGCUUCCAAUAAAAUGGACGAGAAGACUAACAAGCUCAUUGAGUUUUUAACCACAAGAGCAUAUGGACCACUGUGGUGCCAUGAAGACAUUUCAUCAAAGAACCAAACUUCAAAAAGUACUGGGCAGCUGACAAACUUUCUGCGACAUGUGGUGUCUGUGUUCAAAGACUCCAAGUCAGAUUAUCACCUGGAGCAGCAGCUCAGUGACGUGGCGCUGCAGACGGCCUUGUGCAGUUCCUCACGUCACUACGCUGGCCGUUCCUUCCAGGUGUUUCGAGCCCUCCGCCAGCCCAUCUCUGCCCACGCUGUCUCCGACCUGCUGUCAAGGCUAGUGGAAGUCGUCGGUGAACAUGGAGAAGAAGUGCAGGGCUAUGUGAUGGAGGUGCUACUUACACUGGAAUCUGUGGUGGAUAACUUGGCUGAAUGUCUCAAGAACAAUGAUCUCAUGGCUAUCAUGACGAGAGCCUCGUCUCCAGAUUUCCUCACCAGUAUCAAGCUGCUGUCCAACAGGAAGAGCACAGGGCAGCUCAAUCUUAGAAGAGAAGAAAGGAGCCGACAUCAGAGGAGCUCCUCUGUCCCCAAGAAGUUUGGAGAGGCAGACAGGUGGUCUGAUCCACCCCGCAGCGCUACACUGGACCGCAUCCAAGCCUGUGAACAGCAGGCUUUGUUAGCCAAAACACGCAGCUCGUCCUCAUCUAAAGACAACAUCAAUGACCCAACCAACAUCAACCAUCCCAGCAACCUGCUGGCCACCAUCUUUUGGGUGGCAGUGUCACUGAUGGAGUCGGACUUUGAAUUUGAGUAUCAGAUGUCUUUGAGACUGUUGAAUAAGCUGCUGGGCCACAUGUCGCUCGACAAACAGGAAAACAGGGAGAAGCUGGAGAAACUGCAGAGCCAGCUACAGUGGAGCAGCUUUACUGGGCUCCAGCAGCUGCUGCUGAAGGGCUUCACCUCCGUGUCCACCACUGACCUCACGCUCCAGCUCUUCUGCCAACUCACAUCUGUAUCACGAGUGCCUGUAGUGGACACGUCACAAGCCAUAGGUUUCCCUUUGAAUGUUCUCUGCCUGCUCCCACAUCUUGUGCAGAACUUUGACUGCCCCACACAGUUCUGUCAAGAUGUAGCUGAGAAGAUAGCCCAGGUAUGCCUUGAGGAGAAGAACGCCAAGCUCGCCAACCUUGCUCACGUCAUGACUCUGUACAAAACGCACUCCUACACACGAGACUGCUUUUCUUGGGUCAAUGUGGUGUGUCGAUAUCUUCAUGAAGCUUUCUCGGAUAUCACCCUCAACCUGGUCACGUACAUGGCAGAGCUUUUGGAGAAGGGUCUCCCCAGUAUGCAGCAGACCCUUUUACAAAUCAUCUACAGCCUCCUGAGUCACAUGGACCUGAGUGGUAUUCAAGCCAAACCCUUCAACAUGGAGGUGCUGAAGACAAUUGAGAAAUUUGUCCAGACUGCCCAUUGGGGGGAAGCAUUGAAUAUCCUGAAGCUGGUGGUUUCUCGAUCAGCCAGUUUGGUGCAGCCUUCAUUCCCACAGAGUGACCUCUCCUAUGAGGACAUCAGCCGUGUUUGGGACCGCUCCUCCAAGGCCUUGCCUGGGAAAACGCUGGAUUUCCACUUUGACAUAUCCGAGACGCCUGUGAUUGGCCGGCGUUACGAUGACCUGCAGCGCUCUCCAGGCCAAGAUGUGAAGAGCAGGACCACAGCAGUGACCCGUAGCACCUCCUCUACCUCCUCUGGAUCCACUUCCAACAACGUCCUGGUGCCAGUCAGCUGGAAGAGGCCUCAGUCUUCACAGAAAAGAACACGGGAAAAACUGGUGAAUGUGUUGUCUUUAUGUGGACAAGAAGUGGGGCUCACAAAAAAUCCUUCAGUGAUCUUCUCCAGCUGUGGGGAGCUGGACCUCAUGGAGCACCAGCCUAGCCUGGUUUCCUCCGAUGAUGGGACCCGGGAACCAGACAACACAGACGACACCACCUCAGAGCAGCAGUUCAGAGUUUUUAGAGACUUUGACUUCCUGGAUGUGGAGCUUGAAGAUGGAGAGGGAGAGACUAUGGACAACUUCAACUGGGGUGUGCGCAGACGCUCCAUGGACAGUCUGGACCGGAGUGACCUGCAGCCCCUGGAGGAGAGUCAGCUGUCCAGCAGCAUGCCCAGCCUCAGCAAGAUCACCCAUGAAGACUCAGACGAGUCGUCUGAGGAAGAUUCCCUCAUCGCCAGCCAGAUACUCUCCCACUCACAGCUUAUGGUCAAUCUCUCUCCAACAGCAGAGACCAAUAACAGGGACUCUCCCUCCACCUUUUUUGAUACAACUUCAGCUGAUUCAACUCCCCUGAACACCAAAAAUCCCAGUUUCGAGGUCCAACUGCCAGAGGACUCGAAGCAGCGGCAUGAUGUGUCGCAAGAAGAUGAAGACGCAAAUGUCCAUGAGGAUGACGUCUCUCUCUCCAUCAGUGAACUGCCCCUUGAAUUUCACUGUGGUGACAGUUUGACAAUGGACAUGGUUCAUGUUGAUUACAAGGGAGAACUGGACCUUGACAGCUGCUUACCCAGUCUGGCCGAGGAGGAAAGAGACGACCUACUUGAGUCCCGUUCUUCGCCGCCACCAUCGCCCUUCUUCUCGGCCAUCCUCGCAGCUUUCCAGCCAGCAGUGUGCGAUGAUGCAGAGGAAGCUUGGCGAAGUCACAUCAACCAGCUUGUGUCUGACUCAGAUGGAUCCUGUGCCGUUUACACUUUUCAUGUGUUUUCCUCACUGUUCCAGAACAUCCAGACCAAAUUUUGUUCCUUAACCUGUGACGCUGUGAGUUACCUCGGAGAUGGCCUGAGAGGACUGGGAUCAAAGCUUUUGAGGUCUUCGCAGAUGCUGACGUCAUGCUCAGAGUGCCCAACGCUAUUUAUCGAUGCAGACACAAUUAUGUCUUAUGGAUUCCUGGAAAAAAUGAAAUUCAGUGUGUUGGAACUUCAAGAGUAUCUUGACACUUACAACAACCGAAAGGAGGCAGCUCUCACUUGGUUGAACAACUGUAAGGCCACCUUUCCCCGGAGUGCUGGGGGCACCGUGAUAACAUGUCAACCAGCAGAUCAUGAGGACAAGCAACUGGAGCUCUGUCAAAGACUGUACAAACUCCACUUUCAGCUGUUGCUGCUUUUUCAGUCCUACUGUAAGCUGAUUGAACAGGUCCAUGUAAUAAGCUCUAUUCCCGAGCUGACAAACAUGUCCAGAGAGCUAAAUGAGUUGAAGAGCAACCUGAGAGUAGCAGCAGCCUUGGUGACAAAUGAUGAGACUGCUGCCCAUGAGAGCUCCAGCUCUGAGCCCACCUUCAGCUCCUCUGAGACUGCUGUGCAGGCCAUCCUUGAGUGUCUCAAGAACAGCGAGUUUCCGAUGGCCAUCCGCAACAUUCGUGAGUGCAGAACAAAGUGGCCUAAUGACAUCUUUGGUAGCCACUCAGAGGAUGAGGUCCAGACCUUACUUAACAUCUACUUCAGACAUCAAACCUUGGGUCAGACAGGAACUUUUGCUCUGGUGGGCUCAAAACAGGACCUGACCGAAAUCUCUGUCAAGUUGAUGGAACUUAACGGUGAGAUUCGGGACAUGAUCCGACGAGCCCAAGGCUACCGAGCUAUCACAGCUUUCCUCCCAGACUCCAGGGUUUCAGGCUCGACUCUUUGAUGGCGGUCUGGCAGCGUGUGACACCCAUUCUUGUACAGCACCCUGCCCCAUGUCUAGCCUCUGGUCCUGUCUGGGGCUGCUGCUAUCAUCUCAGUGUUUAACAAGCACUCUGCUCUCUCCUGGGAAUAACCAAACCUUCUUUCGUCUUCUUGCUCAGAGCACAUCAAAAUGUCAUAGAGUCAGAUCUUCAGAUGUGCAGCAAUACUAUUGUGAAGACUUUGACUUUGCUGUUGCAAAGAAACUUAGGCUUUUAUUGCACUAAUAAUAGAAAUUGUCACAAAGCGACCACUUGCUACUGAGGUCAACAAUUUUCAUUUAACAAAUGACAUACCAAAGCUAAAUGAUUCUCUUUCAGUUAUGUUGUUUUUAAUUGUCAAGGGAAAAUGUGCAAUCCUACACAGAAGUGGAAGACUUUUACUGUAUCCUCAAAGAAUGUAUUUAAAUAGCAUAGCAUUGGAAAACAUGAACAUUGUUAGUAUAAAAGGGAGGCUUCAUUACCUGGUUAAAGUAGUGGGUCUUUCUGUGUGUGUGUGUGUGUGUGUGUGUGUGUGUGUGUGUGUGUGUGUGUGUGUGUGUGUGUGUUAGUGCUGUGUGUGGGUGCUUGAGUGUGUGAUAUAAACCUGACGACCAUCACAGAUGGAAUUAUGGAUACUGAUUGAAGAAACUGUUCACAUUUAGCUACUUCGACAUGAUGCAAAACUACUGUAACGUCUCCCAAACCUGUACACUACAUGCUGCUGUGUGGGUUAUCUGUUACUUAAAACAUCUUACUGUACCUUUUAACUGUGCAGCUUUUAGGCAAUUAGGGUAAAUUAUUUAAUAUUAUUUGCAAUAGAAAAACAUGCAUUUAUCAGAGUAGAUUUAUAGAAAACAAAUAUUUUGUUUCAUCUGUUAAACCUGCCAAGCUUGCAAAAUCCAUGUACUAUAAAGUGUAAUAGUAAUGUUUAUGAGCAAAUACAGAAACUAUUUUAAUUGAAUAAUUGUACAUAGUGCGAUGGGGGCUUUGCUCAGACUCAUAAGAUUGUAUUUUUAUGGACUUACAACAUGAGUUGCAUGUAGAGUGAAAGAGAUAGCUACGUAUUUGUAAAGCUUCUACAAGAAGUAUUGGUGUAGCCUCUCGCCUUGUAAAUACUACUGCCUUUGCAAUGUACUGUACUUUGGUGUUCUGUACACUUGUAACAAUAAAACUAAAACUUA